AUGCUACGCAGCCUUGAGCCCACAUUCACCUCGGCGCCAUACUUCACGACAAAGUUCAUAGGCUUCGACGUCACCAUCCCCCACCCGAUCACUCCGGCCUGGACACCCGACAGCUCUGGCCCGGCGCCUUGGGACAACAUUCCCGAUCUGCGCUAUUGGGUCGAGGUGGAGUCCGGGAUGAGAGGCGCGGUCGUCGUUAACCAUAUGCUUGCGGCGCUGGAGAGCCGGGGAGGCCGCGAGCGGGAGAUGGGCCAUCACGCUUACGAACUGUACCACGCCUUUUGCCCAAUCUUCCCUUUUGGGGGCCAGGUGGCGCCCUAGGACGACUAGUAAGUGACUGGCGGUUGUCGAAACGGGGCGCCGAGGAACGUGGGCUUGCUUUGGAA